AUUCACGGAGUGGGUUACUUUUCCGGCGCGGUGCUGCUCAGGUAGAGUCCGCGGACUGGCUUCAGUUGCUUCUUCAGCGGCGUGCAGACUGCAGGGAUCUGUCUGUCCCAGGCUGUGUGGACAAGGCAGCUGUGGCGGAAGAGCUACUUUUUUUCUCGCUGACGGGGACGCCAGUUAAAAGUUGAGCAGAGUAACCAGUCUUUCGGACCUGCACCGCCGUCAGCUCGUUCGCUUUGGACAUGAACAGGGUUUGCUGCGCACUGCUGGCAGGCUGAUGGUGUACAAUUGGAACCACCAACCGGACAAUGUUGCACGCUGCAGACUGGUUGAUUGGGUUGAUUGUAACCGGAAUCAUUUUCAGCUUACAGAGGGAUGCUGGUAUUGUUACUGGAAAUGCAAGCAGAUUGGUAUCGAACCGGAUGAAACGACAGAUUGCUGACACCUUUGCAGAAGACCAGCCUCAUGGUUUGUGGGGCAGCUGGGGUCCUUGGACUGCAUGCACCAGGACCUGUGAUGGUGGAGUAAUGCAACAGACCAGACCCUGCCUUCCUCAGACAAACCGUAGAAGCCAGUCUACAUUCCAGUUUGCAAGAGGAGAUCAGCCCCUAGUGGUAUAUCGCGUUCCUCACGGGCAAGUGCUGUCUGCCAUUCGUCAUUCUGUACCUCUUCAUCGGAGUUCAGCCAGCAGGCUACCUGGAAGCAACAUCAACCAAAUCUAUCAGAGCUCUAACAGGGGAUCACUCAGCACAGAGAGAUCAAGGAGGUUGCGGGCUAGAUCUUCUUUUCAAAGAACUUCCUCACACUUCCAUCGCUCUAACCCAGACCAGGAGGACUCACUCCACUCAUAUCAGCAUCAGACAAGCAUGAGAAUGCUACGAAACUGGGGACAGCUCUAUCAGCCUCAAACUGAGGACUGGGUGUUCCACCAGAGGGGUGUGCCACAGCCUUUCCAGCCACAAGUUGAAACCCAAGCUCAAGCUGAUGAACAAACUCAGGCAGAGCGACCCAAAAAGCAACGGCAGCACAGGGUCUCAAGGAGUCCCGCGAGUUUCAGUUGUCUUGGCGCUUUCAGACAGUCCAAGUCAUGUAACCCUCAGCCCUGCCCAGUUGGGAGUCGAGACUUUCGGGAGGUGCAGUGUUCAGCUUAUAAUGACAAAUCUUUUACGGGAAAGUAUUAUGAAUGGGAACCUUUUACAGAUGUUACAGAUGACCAAAAAUGUGAGCUGAACUGUAAAGCCAUUGGGUACAAAUUCUACAUACGCCAUGCCCCUCAAGUCAUUGAUGGAACACCUUGUGAACCCGGUUCUUCGAACGUUUGUGUCAGUGGACAGUGCAAGACUGUUGGCUGUGAUGAGAUACUGGGCUCCAACAAAGUCAUGGACAGAUGUGGUGUUUGUGGAGGUGACAAUACCACAUGCAAGGUGAUAUCUGGAACCUUCAAGCAAACCAUUAUGUCUGUGGGAUACCACAAGAUUCUCGAAAUUCCCGAAGGAGCAACACAAAUUAAUGUCACUGAGAUGACCAAAAGCAGAAACUAUCUGGCUUUGAGAAGUCACUUUGGCCAACCUAUCAUUAAUGGAAACUGGGCCAUAGAUCGACCAGGCUCUUACGAGGCCGCAGGAACUUUAUUCAAGUACAAGAGGCCAAAUGAGAUAAGUACCACAGCAGGGGAAUCCUUCAUUGCUGACGGACCAACCAGUGAAAUUCUGAAUGUCUAUGUGAUAUAUCAACAAGCAAACCCCAAGGUUCAUUUUGAAUAUGUUUUGCCAACUGACAAUGUAGUCAGCAGCCAUUCACUGUCACAUACAUCAGGGCACCAUUUAGAAGAAGCUCUGAACGGUCAGUUGUCAUACGGAGUUGAUGGUGAAGUGUACGUGCUACGCGAAAAGGAGGUGGGAAACUUUGUAAGUGGGGUCGAUGAAAACCAGCUGCAAUCCAGAAAUUACCAGAAGAAUCCCGAAGAAAGGCUGAACGCUUGGGGAGAGGGGCCAAGGAAAAAGAGGGAAUUCAACUGGAAACUAUUUGGAAGUACAGAAUGCACUGUAUCUUGUGGUACAGGGAGCCGUGUUCUGAUUUUUAAGUGUGUUAACCGGAAUACUCAUGAAGAAGUAUCAGAAAACUUGUGUGAAAUUGCAAUGAGACCAACACCAGAGGAAGAAGCUUGCAACAUCCAGCCUUGUCCAGCUUAUUGGGACCUAGGUGAAUGGUCCGAAUGCAGUAAGACAUGUGGACCUGGGGUACAACAUCGGCAAAUUCUCUGCAGACAGGUCUAUGCCAAUCGAACGACCAGUGUUCAGCCUGACAGAUGCCGGCACUUGGAGAAACCGGAAACUACAGCUACUUGCCAGUUGAAAAUCUGCAGUGAAUGGCACAUCAGGACAGAGUGGAGUGAGUGCUCAGUGCCUUGUGGUGUGGGGCAAAGACUCAGGGAUGUGAAGUGCAUUGACAACCUCGGCGACAUCGUUGAUGAUGAAGAAUGCAACAUGCAGCUGAAGCCUGUGGAUACUGAAAACUGUGACAUGGGCCCAUGUGCAAAGAGUUGGUUCCACACAGACUGGAGUCCAAGGUGUUCUGCAGAGUGUGGAAAUGGCAUCCAGACAAGAUCAGUUGUGUGUUUGAUGAAUCACAUCAGCAGUUUACCUCUGGAAGGCUGUGGAAAUGAGAAGCCAGCAGAUGUCCGGCCUUGCAACAUUGGUCCUUGCAAUGAAAACUUUAGCUGGUUUACAGGGCCAUGGAGCCAGUGCUCAGCAGAUUGUAGUAAUGGUACACAACUGCGAAGUGUAGUUUGCCUGGAAAAGACGGAUGACAAAGUUAUGGUGGCAGAAGAUGUUCAGUGCUCCCACCUAGAGAGACCAGCUUCAGAACAAAUCUGUCAUCUGAGGAAAUGUGACGUCAAAUGGUACACAACGGAGUGGAGUGCAUGCUCUAAGUCCUGUGAAAGUGGUUACCGGGUUCGGGAGGUUCGAUGCCUUGCAGAUGACAUGACACAAAGCAACAAUUGCGAUUCCUUCCUAAUGCCAGUCGACAGAGAAAUUUGCAACACCAACCCGUGCAUUCCAGAGAUAGAUGAGAAGUGCAGGGACAUGUACUUCAACUGUAAUGUUGUGGUUCAAGCCAGACUCUGUGUCUACACGUACUACAAAACAGCAUGCUGUGCAUCUUGUGCCAAGGCCAGAAGAAGAGCUGCCCAGCUCAGAAAGAGAUAACUCCCCUCUUUCACCACUGAGACUCCCUCACAGAUCGUGAUGCAGUUACAUUAACCAUAGGAGCACUUGCAGACUCUACUGUGUUGACAACAUCAUAAUUGUAAAGAAAGAUGGUCAAAAUUAGUAUGAUGUGGCUAGUUUAUAAAGAAGAAAUAUACUGUAUAGUAUUAAUAUAAUCUUAUACCAUUAUCAUACUGGUCUUUGGUCAAAAUACUAAUUUUCUUGUUAGUUUACUGUUUUAGAUAAUAUGAAAUGCAUUCUACAAGUGAAUGAAAUGUAUUCAUAAUAGGUUUUGGGAUCUCCCUCUGUGGAAGUCAAACCUAGGAUGUAGAAAUUUGUCCUCCACUGUUUGCGUUGACAUGCAGCGUAGUAAUGUAUGUGAACUGAAUUUCUCUUUUGAAACCCUGUCCCAUUGAGCUACCUGCAACCAAGUUUGAGAAAUGGGAUUCAAAGGGCAUUACUACAUCACACAAGUAGAAGAGGGUAACUCUCAAGUUUCAGAAGGCUGGUUAGAGAAAGUAUACAAGGCAUCUCAAUAACCUCUUCCUAUUUCUUGACCAAAUUUCUUCUUUAAUAUGGUUUUCAAUUCAAGGUUCAUCUGUAGAUUAACUUUUAAUUACAUCUAUUGACUGGAGAAUUAUCCCAUCAAAGCAACUUCUCCAACUCUAUGGAGUUAUACAGUAGAAACCUGCUUUCCUCCAUUUCCUUAUGCACACAUUUCACCUACUAGCAUUUAACUUCAUAUCUGGAUAUUCAUCAGAAAAUUACUAGCAGAAGCUUUCAAUGUGAGCCAAUAAUAUCAGUUUGAAAUGAAACUGAUAUUGUCAGGAUCAAUGUGGUCAGUAACAUCAGAGCUGACAGAUUUCAAACCAAACCUCCCAUUUUUCACUAAACCAGGCAAACACAAAAUUUAAAGUCCCUGAUGGGUUCUUUGCACAUAUUUCAGUGCAGUCAAGAGGUAAGUAAAGUGUCAUAAAUGCGAGUUGUUUACUUACUUUAAACAUGUCCUCUGAGAAUGUCAUAGGACUGAGGAAGUGCCAUUUUCCUUUAAUUGUGGUACUUUGGAUCCCACAGUCCAUUAACCAUGAUUACUCUGACCUUGUUCACCUUUGCCGUAAAACCCAUGUCUCUAAGAGCCUUAAUGUUGUAAUUAAACUGUCAGCCUUCAGGUAAAUGGUGUAUUGAAGCCCAUCUCUCCAGUAUAUGAAUUCUUCAAUCAAUGCCCUUGUUGCUGAUGCAGUAACACUCCCAUUACGCCAUGAACAGAAUUCUGAAUAGCUCUACUUCUGUUAACUUUGCUGACAAACUUUAUCUAUUUCUAACUCAUGCUACUUUGCAUUAAAUCUUAAGGAGAUUGGUGAAAACAAACAGCAUCCCUGGCAAGAGAUAUAUUGGGGAAUAAAGAAGUGGCAUAUACAUUAGUCAAAUUUUCAAUGUCUGCCUUCACAGUAGGUGACUAAUCCAAGAAUCUUGGAAAAUCAAAUCUACAAGUCAGGAGAUGAGAAAAAUAUUAUUAAUAAUAAAGUAGUACUAAAGAAAUGAAUAAGCUAAAAACAAAGAGUUCCCUACAACUAAUGGUCAGAAUCAUCAGGCGUUAGAAGAGAUGGUAGAUGUAUAAAGUUGUAUAGCACAGAGGAAGGCCCUUCAACUCACCACUUCACCAAACUUUUGGCCCAAGAUAUUGGUUCUAGGGUUCCCUACAUUUUGGAAUAAAUGUACAGAUUGUAAGCAGCAAACACCUCAUUUAUCAUGGUAGGAGGGCAAAAGAAGCCAAAAUUGACAGUCCAGUAAGUGUGAAGUCAGUUAUCAGGAGAAAAGUCAAGUUUAUUAUUAGAGGUAGGGUAACAGGACACCACAAUCGUAAGGUGAUUUCAGGGUCAAUGUGAAAAGUAAAUUGUAUUUGAGGGGUAAUAAAGGGGAAUUAGUGAAUGUGAUGUGUUUCGGUUUUCAAAGAGCUUGCGCAUAAGAGGUUCUUACAAAAUAACUAGGUCUCAUGGAUUUGAAGGUAAUAUACAGUUGGACUGAAGAUCGGUUAACAGACGGGAAGCACAAACAGUUUCCAGUGUGAAGCCUCUGAUGUGCUGCAAGAAUCAGCUGUAUGUUUACCUCAGCUACUUUCAGCAACUUGGAUGAGGAGGCUAAAUUUAAAGUGACUUACUCUGAUGACAAUGCAAAGGUAGAUGGAAAGGAAAAGGAACUUAGGUUAACUGGAUGGAAAUGCAUGUGGCAAAAGCAAACCACUUCAAAAAGGAAAUGUUAGAAUCCUUUAUUAAACAAGAUGGAGACUGGGAAAUAUUAACAUUCAGAUAUACUUGGUUCCAAAGAAAGUUAAAAUGCAGACACACUAUACAUUACAUUACUUCUAUUACAAAAGAAUAUGAGAUUAAAAUUAUGGAGUCUGACUGAGACUAUACUAUAUAUGGAGUACAACAUACAUUUCAUUCCCAGGUUAAGAGCAAGGUUACAUUUGUCUUUCUGGGAGUCUAACAUAAUUUCAUUAGAUUAGUCUUUGAGAAGAAAUCUUGCAAACUAGGUCAUAUUUCCCAAAAUAUAAAAAUCUGACUGGUGAUUUGUUCUGAAAACAUGAAAUUCAAGAAACUUGGCAGAUCAAAUGCUGCUAAGAUAUUACUUUAAGGUGGUAAGAAUGGAAAUGUUUCAGAACCAGACAUUGUCAAUAUAUCACCAAGAGGAAGAGAAAUUUCUUCAUGCAGUGGUUUGUGAAUCAAAGAAAUUAUCUUCCUCUGGGGGUUUUGAGAAUUUUCAAAAAUAGAGUGGUAGAUUUUAGGAUAUCAAGGAAGAGGGGAAAUUUUAGAACUAGAGAAUCAGAGAAUGGUUGUAGCACAGAAGUAGGCAUUCGACCCAUCAUCUCCUUGUCAGCUCUCUACUAAAGCACUUCACAAUUUCCAGCCAAUGGCUUUUUCUCUUUAGCUUUGCAAAUGUUCCUCAUAUUUUUAUGCAAUUCCUUCUUGAGGGCCACAAUGGAUCCUCGCUCCACAGUAUCUGUAGACAGAUCUCAAGUAAUGAGCAUAUUCAAAGGCCUGAAAGGCCGCCUCCUGUUCCUUUUCCCUUUUCCCCCCCAAUGUUCCUGUGCUCUUAACCAAGACACAUUCUAUAACAGUUGGUGUCUGUACUCAUGAGAAAGUAUUUUUCAACCUUCAGAUGCAACAAAGCAGUUGUCAUGUUGUUGUUGUUUGAGUUGUACGGAUGUGGUUACCAAUCCCAAAGUUAUUUCUAUGUCAUUGAUGUCACAGUGGGCUGAGGUAAUAAAUAGGAAAGGAAUAUACCAGAAUCUAUGUUCAUCUCUCACCUGAGGAUGCUGUCAGCCCCAGAAUUCUCCCGUUGUGUCUCAGGAAAUGACAGACUAGCGAAGGAGCAUAUUGGAAUGAGAUAGAAGGACUAAAUAUGUAGAACAAGAGGAAAUCCUUCAUUAUACAAACACACUAAUGCGUAAUGGAAUGGAGGAAAAACUCAGUGUAAAGGAGGUGUGAAAAGCAGGAGAGUAUGACAGUGGUAUUACGGAAAACACUGUAAUGGGAAACAAUUAUUUUUUUUUAUCUAAUUUAAUAGGGCAUAGUUAUUAUCGCAUCCCCGGGUUCCACUUGUUACUGUGCUAUUUCUAGUUCAGCAGAAUGACCACUUUCCUGAUCCUGGGAAAGAAAGGGUUAAUGUAUGAGGAGUGUUUGAUAGCUUUGGAUCAGUACUCAGUGGAGUUUAGAAGAAUGAGGAGUGAGGUAAUCUCAUUGAAAUCUAUCGAAUAUUGAAAGCCCUAGAUCAAGUGAAUAUGGAGAAGUUAUUUCUUUAGUGGGGGGGGGGGGGUGAAUUCCCUAUACUUGGCCUUCAAGUCAUUGGAUAUAUUUAAAGUGAAGAUUGAUGGCUUCAUGAUUACCAAGAGCACCAAAGGUUACAGGGAGAAGCCAGGAGAAAGGGGUUGAGAGGGAUAAUAAAUCAGCCAUAAUGGAAUGAUGGAGCAGACACAAUGGGCGGAAUGGCCUAAUUCUGCUCCUAUGUCUUAUGUCCUUAUUAUUCUCAUAAAUGGGACCCUAAACUCUUCGAAAUCUUGUCCACUUAACACACAACGUACUAAUUUUUCCCAAUCACCAAAAUUAUCCCAGGGUCACCUUACAAUUUAACAUUGGAGACAUGAAUUAGGUUUAAUUUUGAACGCUCGAGUUAUCUCAUCCACAGAGGGGUACCAUGCCUUGGGCUGCAAAUGAUUAACAAAUUCAAUGAGAUUGGCUGUCAAUACUAGCCCUUUGUAUAAGGUAGAAUCCUACAGCCCUUACCAACCAUAGUGGAUCCAGCAUGCUAUAAGAUGAUUUUCACAAAACCACUGCAUCUUUGAACAUCAGUAUAUAAAGAUUCUCAUCAUCAUCUUAUCUUCCUCCAUGGCUUUAUUCAUCCUCACUUGGAUGACCAUCUUCAGUUGAGCACUUCAACCUAAAGUGUACCAAAACUUAUACCAAAUUUCUGUCCUAUUUGUAAUGAAGCCCAUUUGUACAAUGGUUGCACCCCUCCUCUCUGAAAUUCCCUUCCAAAGCUGCUUCACAGCCUUUAUCUUUCCUUUAAAAACCUUUUAUAAAACUUUCCUUUCCACUGUGGCAACUAACACUCUGCAUGCAUUUGGCUGUUGCUCCAAGGCAAAUUCCUAUAUCGGGAAUUUAUGUGAAUGCAGGCUGCUGUUCAAGAUAUGUCAGCAAUGUGCAGAUGCAGUACUCAACAAAAGUGGGCAGGGCAAAUUAUUUAUGGCAACGCAGAUUGAUGAAGUGAGCUGAUGUGAUGUUUUUAUUAGUAUUACAAUUAGGAAUUAAGAUGCCACAAGCCACAACUGUGAAUGUCAGGAACUGAAGUCUGAUUCAGUACAUUUGGCAACAGUUUUGAACAUUUAAUUUCUAACACAGUGUUUUUGUUCACUAAGAUCUCCAUAUUCUGACGCUUUUUUAAAAAAAUAGUUUCUGGUAUGGAAUUGGAAUAAUUAUUCAAAAAGCAUGAAGUCAAUCGCCUCUCAGUUUCUUACUUCACAUUCCCUCCCCUGUCCUCCCACUUUCCUCCUCAACUAGUCUUACCUAUCACCUGCCAGCUUGUACUCCUACCACCCACUCACCCACUUUCUUAUUCCAUCUUCUGUCACCUUCCUUUCCUAUCCUGAUGAAGGAUCUUGGUCCAAAACUCAACUGUUUACUCCCCUCUGUAGACAUUGCCUGACUUGCUGAAUUUGUCCAGCAUGUUGCAUGUGUGUGUUGUUCAAGAUUUCCAGCGUCUGCAGAAUCUCUUAAGCCUAAGCAUAAAGGCUACUUCUAAUACUGUUCAAGAUAUGUAAGGGGUUCUCACUCAAAACUGGCAACAGCACAUUCACACUUGCAUAGUCACCUUAAUUUUUAACUGGAGAAUGCUGAGUGGACUGAGAAGAGGCAAUGGGACCCCUUUAGAAACUGAUGUCUAGGCACCUUUUAUUAGCUAGUAUUUCAUUGCAAUAUGACAGCAUCACCCUCCACCUAGAGCUGACACAAACCCUGGGAUACUAGUGAGUCCAAGGUAAUGAAGAGCAGCAAGGUGAGCAUUUCUUCCUGUUAUGUUGAUGCCAAAGAGAAGCAAUAGAACGGACAGCCCCAAGAACUUCAGAGAAUGAUUAAUAGUGCAAAUAAAAGCCAACAGAAGUAUUUCUGGCCUCUGACUGACUGCUGACAUGUUUGAUGACACCAAACAAAAUGUCAUUUCGAUUAAGUGCCACUGGGCUGCAAAUUCAGCCUCUGCUGAAAGGAAGGUGGAUCUAUCUAGUGCUAUUUUCUGAGAUGAGUUACAAUGGGGAAAUGGGAAUUAUCCAGACGAACCAUUUCAUCUUGCUGUCCAUGCCAUUCUUCCAAAGCAGGGAGGGUUAAAGCAAGCCCUAUCAAAGACUUGUGAUCUGGUUAGAUUACGAAGAGGUUGUUUUCGAUUUCCUUCUAUAUUGUGAUUCUGAGCCCCAUUCAUCUUGAUUAUUAGGAUGUGAUUCAUUGUUUGUCAACUGGUUUCCCAAAAGCUGUGAAUAUGUUCACAGCUCAAACAUUCAGAUCUGUUGGUCAAAGCAACCUGUGACUGUUCAAAUAAGCUCAGCCAAAUUGGUCCUCAACAUGUAUUUCAUUUUAAUGUAAUCACUGUGCUGACACCGGUUAUUGACGGGAGCCCUUUGAUUAAAGCAGGCAGUUUGAGCAAACAGUCUAAAUGUAUUCCAGACUGUGGUGUGUGAAACAUGUUCUGAUUUUAAUAGUGUUGCCUUAAAAGACUUUGUGCUAAGACGUGUUUCUUGUAUAGCUCUCUGUGCAGGAAUACAUGUUCUGGCUUAUUGCAGAAGCUUGGAAUGCAUUUGGCAACAUUUACAGCACAGCAGUAUUUUAAUAACUGUUGUUGUUGGGCUUGAAUUGAAAAAUAUUAGUUAAGGGAUCUUAAAGAUUGUUUAUUUCUUAGAAACUUUACAUUACCAGUUAGGUUAGGUAUCAUCCAGUAAUAGUCAUACUUUUCCCCAUACGUGGCCCUGUGAUUUUCCUCGCCUCUGUUAGUCAGUGAUUCCUCUGAGUAUUACUCAAUUUCCUAGAUUUUGUUACUUGUUAUUGUAGCACUGACCAGAAAUUUAUUUUAUGACUGUGCCAGUUCCCCUAAUUUCUUUCUUUCUAGGCUAUGUUGCUUAUGUUCUCUCCAGUCAUUUUUAUUCCUGGUCAUGUUAGAUGGCUUCAGACCAUAAAGUGAAUUUAUUCAAUGAGCCAUGUAGAACCUGGUGUCAAUUACUAUUUUAUAUUUCACUUGCUCAUUUACUCCCUUCCUGUCCUGAAGAUGCAGAUUACCCAGCUCAGAAAGUGGGAGCAAAUGAUGGACUGCUGUAAUUAGGAAUAGUGUGGAAGCAGCCAAGUGUCCACACUAAAAAAUCAUUGAAUAGUGAUCAGACCUGGCUGUUUUCACUACUCUCCCGGAAAUAUUAAAGACAUUUUGACUGAGUUGAACUAAUUCCAGUCCUAUACAGCGACCUUGCUAUUUUGUAUACUUUAGCUCAUGACUGGAUAAAUCCAAUGGCCUAGAUUGUCCUGGUUCAGCUAGAUCAAUGACCUACCCCCUAAAUUCACUGAGCUCCUCCAUUGGUCAGCUUUUCCAAACAGACUAAACCAUGACACAAAGGCAUUGAAUCUAUUGGCAGCACAGCCAUUUUAUUUGCAAGCAAGCUGAAGACUGAAUGAUGUAAUAUUAAUAUUAAUACAGUCUUCGGCAUGAGUCCAAUGUACAGUACCUGCCAAAUGCAGUACUCCUGCCUACCUAUCCUAUUCUCAAUGGGACCAAUCAGAUAUACCACCCACCCAUUUCUGUUCCCCUUCUGCACCUGGUUUCAUCUUGCCAUCACCUACAAACUUGUUCUACUUGGUCAGGUCUGCCCAUCAUCCCUGUCUUAUCUGGUUCCAUGGGUCACCUGUCUUGCUUAUCAGAUUCCAACAUCUUCAACUGCUUGGGUCUUCACUUAAUGCCUUCCAGCCUCUGUUUCCAUCCACCAGUCCCCCUGCCUGCUUCCAUCUUUGUUUACCUCUUUUACCUCUCUUAUUCGUCACCGACCAGCUAUGGUAUUCCGGCUCCAACCAACCCUCAUCUGGCUCCAUCUGCUAAGCAUCCUCUGCCUCCUCACUUGAUUCCACCCCUCACCUAACAGCUCCUGCCUCACCCCUCUCUCUCUCUCCUCUUUAUACUAGACGUCUCCCCUCUACGCUCUCAGUCCUGAUGCACGGUCUUGACACUUAACCUCAACCAUCCCUCUGCCUGCACAGAUGUUGCCUGAUCCACUGGGUUCCUCAAACAGUUCAUUUCUGAUUCAGUCUGCAUUGUGUUUGUGACUCUCAUUACAAGUUUGUGGAAGGUGCUUACAGUCGCACACUCAUUUUGUUUGCAAGUAAGUAUCCAUUGUGUUCAACUGUUUUGAUCACAUCACUGACUGCCCACUAUCACCACUGUAUUUACCCAAAGUGGCAUCAGUAGGAAAACUGGUCCAAAGCCAGUAGGAUUGCCACUGUUUUCAGUGGAACUGAAAGUUCGGGUUCUUUGCAAAUUGACAACAGCAAAAAAUACUGUAAGUGAAAAUCAUAUAUGAUGAUUUAUGACACUGCAAGACUCUCUGCCUAAUGAGAUUAGAGGAUGACCUGUUUGGAGUUCAGAACAACACUGUUUGUAAUCAUUUAGACAAAUAACAAUCUUACCCUAAUUCUGGAGCAUCUUAUCAUAUCAGCUGAUCAAUAGAUUGUGGCGGUCACUAUAAAAUAUUUAGCACCACUGCAAUUUAUAAAAGACACUUACAAAAGUUUCAGAGAGGGCAGCAGAUAGUAUGAAGCUAGAAAGAAGCUACAUUGCUACACAGUCACUGCCUCACAGGUCCGGGAAAUGAGAAAACAUGUGAUAUAGCACCUGGUAAAAGGGGCUAUAAUUGAAGUUUCAUUGCAAAAAGAAAAAAAGAGGAGGGGAUUUAACACUGUGAUUGCAGUUUGAUGUGUAAAAUAUAGUAAUUUUAAUUGAAUCACAGACUAAAAUAUCCCUGUGUUUGGGAGAUUGUAAAAAUGUAUGGUCGGUUUGUAUUUGAAAUAAUUUAUUUUAUUUGUAGUGAGUGCUCCCAGUUAGUCAUUAGAAUGUGUUUAGGACAGCCCCUUGUGCGAUGUUGCUUCAUUAAACAUCUAAUGUUAUUUUGUUACUUGUUUUGUAUUUAACUGUGUGAAGUCACAUAUCCACCAAUUCCCAUUAUCUGCCUGGAGAGGUAACUGAGGUUUCUCUUUAGGACUGAAAUGUUUGGACUUCUCUAUCUGUACUGAUAAGCGGCUAUUACAUUGUUAAAUAAAAUAAUUUACUAUUA